AUGGGGAAGCCUCUCGCUCCAAAGGCCACAGAGAAGACCACAAGCCAACUCAUCCCCUACUGCGGAGAAGAGAUGCAAGAGGACAAGAAGACGAAGGUGAAGAAGGGAUCGCUCACCGUGAGGGUGGGUCUCGAGGACGGAGAAGACGGUGGUGGCACUCGUAAGUUCGUCAUCCCUAUCUCUUACCUCUACCACCCCCUCUUCAAGCGCCUUCUCGAGUCGGCUCAGGAGGUCUACGGCUACCACUCGUCGGGGCCGCUCAAGCUUCCCUGCUCCGUCGACGACUUCCUCCAUCUCCGGUGGCUUAUCGAGAGGGAGUCGUCGCACCGCUCUCACCAUGGCGUCCACCACUCCUUCUCCUUGCACUCAUGCUGAGAAGACAUGCAUGCGAUCUUUUUGUAGCUGUAUACUGAUCAGACUCGGGCGUCGCACCCUCCAUCCUUAGAACAUGAUUCGAGUUUUCUGAGGUUUGUCUGUGGUGUUUUUGCUUGGAGAAAGGAAUUCAUGGUGGAUUCAGAGGUGAAGUGAUCGACUUCCUCUAUGCUUGUCUAAGA